CGGAGGGCGGGCUUCCGAGUGAGGUGGAAGGAGGGGGCGGGGAGGGAAGCGGAGGCUGGCGAGCUCUAGGCCGGCCGGCGGUGGCGGCUGCAAGGCCUGGACUCGGGCUGAGGGCUUGCUGUGGUGGCAGCGGCGGACGCCGAGCUCAGCAGCGGGUUUCUCUGGAAACCCCCCUGGUAAGCGUGGAGGAGGCGGGACACUCUGACCCAAGACAAAAGGCCUGUAGCUCCAGCCAAAGAAAAUAAACCUUAGGAAGGAGAAGGAGGGGGGAAAAAAAAAUCAUCAGCUGUUUCUGAGAACAGCCUGCGGUGGAAUCUGCAGAAUCUACAGAGAGGACAACUAAUGUGAGUGAGGAAGUGACUGUAUGUGGACUGUGGAGACAGUAAGUCACGUGGGCCUUGAGGGCCUGGACUGGGUUAGCAACAGUUGUACUUUCAGAGGUGAGGUGUCAAGAAGGGAAAAGUGAAUGUGGUCUGGAGUGUGGCCUUGGCUCCAAGGGGCGUGUUUUCCUCUGAGGCCAUCAGGGAGCUCAGCCCCUGUUUUCUGCCAGGGUGGGGUACAGGGUUUGGCACUGAGGAGGGUGACUUGCUGGCUGGAGCAGCAGAGCAGUGGCCUUGAUCUGUCUUUCAGAAGAUUUAAAAACCAAAAAACAUAAACAUUCUGGUCCUUCAGCAAUGCUUUCUCUGAAGAAAUACUUAACGGAAGGACUCCUCCAGUUCACCAUUCUGCUCAGUUUGAUUGGGGUGCGGGUGGACGUGGAUACUUACCUGACCUCACAGCUACCCCCGCUUCGGGAGAUCAUCCUGGGGCCCAGUUCUGCCUAUACUCAGACCCAGUUCCACAACCUGAGGAAUACCUUGGAUGGCUAUGGUAUCCACCCCAAGAGCAUAGACCUGGACAAUUACUUCACUGCCCGGCGACUCCUCAAUCAGGUGAGGGCCCUGGACAGGUUCCAGGUGCCAACUACUGAGGUUAACGCCUGGCUGGUCCAUCGGGAUCCAGAGGGGUCUGUCUCUGGCAGCCAGCCCAGCUCAGGCCUCGCCCUCGAGAGUUCCAGUGGUCUCCAAGAUGUGACAGGCCCAGACAACGGGGUGCGAGAAAGUGAAACGGAGCAGGGAUUCAGUGAAGAUUUGGAGGAUUUGGGAGCUGUAGCCCCUCCAGUCAGUGGAGACUUAACCAAAGAGGACAUAGAUCUGAUUGACAUCCUUUGGCGACAGGAUAUUGACCUGGGGGCUGGGCGUGAGAUUUUUGACUACAGUCAUCGCCAGAAAGAGCAGGAUGUGGAUAAGGAACUGCGAGAUGGGGCCGAGCAAGAGGACACGUGGCCAGGCGAGGGUGCAGAAGCUCUGGCACGAAACCUGCUAGUGGAUGGAGAGACUGGGGAGAGCUUCCCUGAGCAGGUGCCUGGUGGGGAGGACCAGACAGCCCUGUCCUUGGAAGAGUGCCUUAGGCUGCUGGAGGCCACCUGCCCCUUUGGGGAGAAUGCUGAGUUUCCGGCAGACAUUUCCAGCAUAACAGAAGCAGUGCCUAGUGAGAGUGAGCCCCCAGGUCUUCAGAACAACCUUUUGUCUCCUCUGCUGACUGGGACAGAGUCGCCAUUUGAUUUGGAACAGCAGUGGCAAGAUCUCAUGUCCAUCAUGGAAAUGCAGGCCAUGGAAGUGAACACAUCAACAAGUGAAGUCCUGUAUAAUGCCCCUCCAGGAGACCCACUGAGCACCAACUACAGCCUUGCCCCCAACACUCCCAUCAAUCAGAAUGUCAGCCUGCAUCAGGCAUCCCUGGGGGGCUGCAGCCAGGACUUCUCACUCUUCAGCCCAGAGGUGGAGAGCCUGCCUGUGGCCAGCAGUUCCACGCUGCUCCCGCUGGUCCCCAGCAAUUCCACCAGCCUCAACUCCACCUUUGGUUCCACCAACCUGGCGGGGCUCUUCUUUCCGCCACAGCUCAAUGGCACGGCCAACGACACAGCUGGCCCUGAGCUGCCUGAUCCGCUGGGGGGUCUAUUAGAUGAAGCCAUGCUGGAUGAAAUCAGCUUGAUGGACCUGGCCAUAGAAGAAGGCUUUAACCCAGUGCAGGCCUCCCAGCUCGAAGAAGAAUUUGAUUCUGACUCAGGCCUCUCCUUGGACUCCAGCCAUAGCCCUUCCUCCCUGAGCAGCUCCGAAGGUAGCUCCUCUUCCUCCUCCUCUUCUUCCUCCUCUUCGUCCUCCUCUGCUUCUUCCUCAGCCUCUUCCUCCUUUUCUGAGGAAGGUGCAGUUGGCUAUAGCUCAGACUCUGAGACCUUGGAUCUGGAAGAGGCUGAGGGCGCUGUGGGCUACCAGCCUGAGUAUUCCAAGUUCUGCCGCAUGAGCUACCAGGACCCGUCUCAGCUCUCCUGCCUGCCCUACUUGGAGCACGUUGGGCACAACCACACGUACAACAUGGCGCCCAGUGCCCUCGACUCCGCCGACCUGCCACCCCCCAGCACUCUCAAGAAGGGCAGCAAGGAGAAGCAGGCCGACUUCCUGGACAAGCAGAUGAGCCGGGACGAGCAUCGAGCCCGAGCCAUGAAGAUCCCGUUUACCAACGACAAGAUCAUCAACCUGCCUGUGGAGGAGUUCAACGAGCUGCUGUCCAAGUACCAGCUGAGCGAGGCCCAGCUGAGCCUCAUCCGUGACAUCCGGCGCCGCGGCAAGAACAAGAUGGCGGCGCAGAAUUGCCGCAAGCGCAAGCUGGACACCAUCUUGAACCUGGAGCGGGACGUGGAGGACCUGCAGCGCGAUAAAGCUCGGCUGCUGCGUGAGAAGGUGGAGUUCCUCCGGUCCCUGCGGCAGAUGAAGCAGAAGGUCCAGAGCCUGUACCAGGAGGUGUUUGGGCGGCUGCGGGAUGAGAACGGGCGGCCCUACUCGCCCAGUCAGUACGCGCUCCAGUACGCCGGGGACGGCAGCGUCCUCCUCAUCCCCCGCACCUUGGCCGACCAGCAGGCCCGGCGGCAGGAGAGGAAGCCGAAGGACCGGAGAAAGUGAGCCUGGGGAGGAAGGGGGUUGACGCUCACCGAGAUGGGAACUGGAGAAGGGCUGGGCCUGGACCUGGACCUACAGCGGGGACUUUAAUGCCUUCUUAUCCAAUAGAUCUUCUCAGAGGGGAUGACUGCGGGUCAGUGGACAGGAAGAGGCAGGCGCUGUCUGGUUCAGCUUCCCCCGCUGAGGGGGGUGGAAGUGGCCAGACCGUUUGGGUGGACAGGGCCCUCACCCCUGCCCCUUUCCUUCAGGGGAAGGGUGGUGCUGGCAUUGCUGGAGGCCGGCAGAUGGGAAGGAAGGGACUUGUGAGAGGAGGGGGAAGUAGUAGAAAGUCAGUCUCAUUUCCGGGAAGGAAGGGAAGGAAAGAAGGGGAAGAAAAAUCAAAGCGGGAAGAAAAUCAAAGGGCAGGUUAAGUUGGCUCUGGCCAGGAUUCCAGGCAUCAGGUUUUAGGGGAGACUAGAUCAUUUGGUGUGAGUAAACCCCACUUCACCCCAGGCGAGGGGUGGAACACGGAGUGGGUUCUGGAAGGGGCUUCUGAGCUCUCCUGCCCCUGCACUUUGGCAUCCCUGAAGGGGAGCUCUUGGAUGAUAUUUUCUGUGAGGUUUUGGUCAUAGGGGAGCCACUGGGACCCGACACUGACUUGAAGAGUUAGGAUGAAAUAGUAAACAGGCAAGGGUCACAGGCCCUGUGUUGCAGCAGCCCCAACCAAGCAUGUCACUCAACUGCCCUGCCAUCCAACUUCCUCUGUGCCCAGUCACCCCUGCGCUGAGGCUCCCACAUCUCCAUCAGAGCCUGCAUGCGAACGCUGUUCUCUUCCUGCCCGCGUGCCCCUGCCCCUCACCGGCUGCCUGGAGUUCUGCAGCUGGGGUGCUGGGCCUGCAGCCUCCUGGGAGCUGCUCUGAGGCAGGGGGGUGAUGUGGAGAAGCCAGGCAGUAUUCAGCACAACACUGGGGAGUGACCCUUCCCUCAGGCCUCCCCUACCAACUGGGCUUGUCACUGGAAAGACAAAAAAUAUGAAACCCAGCAACAACGACAAAAACUAGUCCUUUUAGAGUUUCUUGCGCUUUGAUUUUUUUUUAGGGUUUGAGCCCUGUUUCACUUAUAGGGUCUAGAAUGCUUGUGUUGAGUAAAAAGGAGAUACCCCAAUAUUCAAAGCUGCUAAAUGUUCUGUUUGCCAUAAAGACUCCAUGUAAUCGUGUGAACACUUGGGAUUUUUCUCCUCUGUCCCGAGGUCUCUGUCUGCUUUCUUUUUGGGUUUCUUUCUAGGAGAAUGAGAAGUGCAUGUAAGAGGGGCUGAGGGUACCCCUUCCGCAAGGCUAUUGGCCACAGGCAGCUUCUCCGUACCCCGGUUUAGCAAGAGCUUCCGGCGGACUGCCUGGGGGAGGCAGAGAGGGGAGUGCCAAGGUGACCAGGUGGUUCCUGGACCCCAGUGUCUUUGUUGCCUACUGCUGUCCCCACCUCUGCCUGGGUCUAGAGCAUGGUCUGCCCCAGACUAACAGGAAUGAGUUCAAGUGGGGGAAGCACUGAUUCUCUUCCCCACUUGGAGGGGGAGGUGUUCUAACUGAGCAGUAGGGAUAGAAGGCAUGAGCCUGGGAAGUGCUUUUAUAAAUUAUUUCCUUGUAGAUUUAUUUUUAAUUUAUCUCUGUGACCUGCCAGGGAGAGGAGAGAGAGAGAGAGAAAGAAAGAUGCUGUGAGCACAUGACAAAAUAAAAUAAAAUGAAUGA